UGAAGGAUACGAAAUCUAUAUAUUAUGGUUCGUCUUUAACGUCUCUAAAAACUGGUCAGAGAUUUUAAUUUUAAACUAAUUAAUAGAAAAGUUAUGGCAAGAAAACCAGGUUUUUGGCCUGAAAUUGUUCAACUUCGAUGCCAAUGUUCAAUCUCGAAGACAAUGAACUUUAAAGCAAAUAUGGGAUAGUAUAUUGCUUAGAACAGUUGCUGUUAAUAUGUAUGUAUGUAUGUAUAUACUUUAUUGUACAUAGAAAUAAAAACACGAAAAACACAGUUACAGAGUAAAUUAAAUACAACAAAGGCGAACUUAUCCCUGUAUGGGAUCUCCUCCAGUUAACCUUUGAGGAAAUAUAGGAGGAGGAAUAUGAUAACAUAAGUCACAAAAUAUAGAAAACUAAGAGAUUCAGAUCGAAGGUCAUUGGCGCCAGGGAGCCCCUUAAGGUUGGACCCUCGUCUCUCAAUAUCUUUGCCUUAUCUAUACCUGACGUGGUCAUAUACAGUACAGGACACGCUGUAUUAUGCACCACGUGCAAUUAACCACAAAGCGAGCUGGAGGCAUAACCAAACGCAAAACUCGGGCUGUCAGUGUCAACAAUAUAUUAGUUCAAGUUAUUAGUUACAAUUGUUGUUGUUUAAGGUUAUUGUUGUGAGUUGUGGGCUGUAAUCAAAAUUAGGAAAUUGUUGCUAUUUUACUAAGUGUAUGAGUCAGAAAUUUAUUGUAAUGAAUACUUGCAGAACGUGCCUUAAAUCUCCAGCCAAUAAAAAUAUUUCAGAGCUGGAUAAAGGUAUCGAAGGUGAUAACAAACAGUGCGUCGAAAUCAUGGCAUUUUGUUUAGAUAUAAAGGUAACAAAAGACUCCAUGAUAACAACGAAUCUAUGUUACAACUGCUAUAGAAAAAUAAUUUCAUUUUACAAAUUUAAGACGCUAUCCUUAAAAAUUGAUGCUUAUUUAAGAUCUCUAGAUGAUGUGGACGUGGACGAAAAUGGCGUAAAACACGAAAAUUUCUUGGAGUCUGAUGAUCAUGGAACAAAUUCAGUUGAAGUUGACAAUACAGAAAUUAGAAAAGAAAUUGAUAGUGAUGUGUUUUCUUUGGGAAAUGUUAAAAUAGAUGACAUAGAUGUUCAAUCCGAAGAAACAUUAGGAGAUACUGAAACAUAUGAGGACUAUAAUAUUCUAGAUGAACAAAUUUUAGAAGUUCCUAAAACAUCCAAUAUUGAAUCCCAUGACACAAAAGAUGUAGCUUUUGAUGAAGGUAUAGAUGGAGGAGAGCCAUGUUGCACAAUAGUGGAUAUUAAAAGUGAAAAUAUUGGGAAUAGGGCUGAAAGAACUGCCAAAAAAUGUAAAAAACUUGGCUCUAAGAAAAAGCCACUAAUUCAAGUAGACAAAAAGGUGAAGGAGCAGAAAAAUAAUGGAAAAGUGUUACAACAAAAACGUAAAAAACGUAGCUCGAAGAAACCACAAACCCAUAAAGCAAAAAAGGCAAAGGAUCUGAAGGAGAAUGGCAUGGUGUCUCAAGGGCCUCAUAUCUGCGAGCAAUGUGGUGUUACCGUAAUUGACAUCAAGUCACACUCGUUGACUCACAAGUUUAAGGAUGAACGGAAAAUGCUGAAGUGCAAGGCGUGCCCUAAGCUGUUUAUUUCCAGAGGUGGUAGACGCAGACAUUUCAACGUCCACCAUUUAGGUCGAAAGGCCAAGUGUGAUAUUUGUAAUGGACAUUACGUUAAUCUGAAUACACAUAUUAUGCAAGUACACAAGAAGGCUGAACUACGAUUCGUCUGCGUGAUGUGUGGGCGCCGCUUCGUGUCACGGCACGUGUUGGACCAGCACAUGUAUACGCACACUAAGGCGAGAGAUAUACUAUUUGAAUGUGACUUAUGCCACAAGAAGUAUGUGUUAAAGGAGAAUCUAAGAGACCAUAUAAAGCGAGUCCAUGAACAUGUAAAAAAUUACCAGUGCGAACACUGUCCCAAAUCAUUCUUCGCCAGAAAUGGGAUUAUAUAUCAUUUAAGGAUGCAUACAAAGGAGCGCCCAUUCGAGUGCGGAGAAUGCGGCAAAGCCUUCACGAUAAAGAAGGUGCUUCGAGCCCACAUGCUGGUUCACAGCCGUACCAAGGACUUCAAGUGUAAAUUAUGUCACUUGGGCUUCAGGGCGGCUUCCAACCUAAAGACCCACAUGAUCACCCACACAAAAGAGAAGCGGUUCUCGUGCCAAUACUGCGGGAAGCGCUUCGGCCGCCCCGACUCCUGCCGGAGACACGAGGCCGGCCACCAGAAACAACCUGCAGCCGACUGAACACCGUAGUUGUAGGUUCUACAUUCGCUGCGCACCGUGCAACGACAAAUCGUGUAAGAUAACCCGAUCAUAUGGUCAGUCAUUUGGGGGUCGCUUAAUUCAAGAUUCCUUUACAUUGGAGGCUUCAUUAAAAGCAAUAAGAAGUAGAUACCUACAUUUCAUGGCAAGUUCGAAAAGUGGGUCAUUAUGUACGAGCCCCGAGAAGUAUUUUAUGAGCCGAAGGCGAACCUUAUGAAUGUUAUUAAGAAAAUAAAAUUUUGUAUUAUCCUAUU